CAACAGGAAGUUAAUCUCACGAUGAAUGAGGAAGUGUAAAUUAGUUAAUGUCGAUUUUCUUAACACUUUAUAAGGUACUUUCUGUUUUGAAUUUUAAUGUUUAAAAAUUUAAAUUUGUGUUCAGACUGAGAGUGAAUAAUAUAAUAUUAAUCACAAAGUAAACUUUUUAAAAUUAUACUUCCAAUUAUUUUUAAAGUUUGUCAAAUUUUGAUCACAUAAAAGUUAAAGAUUCAAAAAAUGAAUUAUAAAUUAAUUAUUCAUAAUUUAUUGAUUCAUUCUGAUUAAUUUUUCUUUGAUUCAAACAUUCGUGUCACUCUUAGACUCACUUUUGACAAUCAUGACAAAUAAUCUAACCAUUCACUGAUGAUACUUAUACUAAAUACAUUUUGAAUCCUUUUCAAAUUGAUUUUGACUCUUCUCUUAAUAAACAAACUAGACUAGACUCUAGUUAGACUUUAGACUAGCCCACUAUAAUCAUUCUCAUUAAAUAGUCAUUAGAGAUACAUUUUUCAUAAGAUGUUACCUUACUUAAUUUCUUACAUUUCUAAUUUAAUAAUUGCAAGCUAUAUUUUUUUUUAAAGUAGGCCUAAAGUAAUUAUCAGAGGGAGUGAAUGAGAUUUCAGAGUGAUUUUGCACCAAUUUUUUUGAAGCAGCAUUUUGUGAGGAAUAUAGUUAUAUAAUAAAAUGCAUAGAAUAGUUAGUAUGAUACUUAUCAUUAAUAGGCCAUAGGCUUGUAGGCUAUUUGAAAAAAAAAUAAUUGGCAUUUUUAUUUUUGCCUUUACAUUUAACCUAGCCUCUUUACAUUUUCAAGUUUACUUUUAGUUUUCUAGAAUACUACUAUUGAAUGGAGUUUUGAGUCCUAUGCAUUUAGUUACAAAUACUAGUUAGAACCAUUUAUCUAGCUGCACUUGUUAGGCCUAAUCUAAUACUGUUGGUUAAUAUUUAAAUAGUUUUUCAAUGCCAAUAGUCCUAAUACUUACUCAGCCUACUGUCAGUAACUGUCCUCUAGUCUCUAGCCCAGCAUUAAAAAAAUGCCUGUCUGCGAGCCUUACAUUGCCUGUCCACACAUGAAUAUUUUUGGUCAAAUAAUAAAAUAUUAGUAAAUAUGUUACUGAUCCCGGGUGCAAUUUCGUAACUUGUCCAUCAGUCCAACAAACUAAAAAAAAUUUUGGGAACCACUGCUCUAGCCUAACAUAAAAAGUAUAUACUAAUUUAUAGGCCAGUAAGUAUAAGUUAUUAUAUUUAUAAUGUGAUAUUAAUUUUUAUCACAUUAUGUAGGGGCCAUUCAUAAAUAACAUGACACUAUUUUGGAAGAUUUUGGACCCCCUUCGGGUUAAAAAUUAAUCUCCCCCCCCAACCCCGAUGCAUCACAUCAUUUAUGGAUGGGCCCCAUUUUCAUUAUAAUUAUAGGCCCACAUGAAUUAUAGUUCAUAGGCCUAAAUCCUAUAAAAAGUAAUCAUAGCGACUUGAAAGUUAUUGAUAUUAAUUUGCUGUACCUAACAAUGCAGUAGCUGUGUGAUUGCUAAUUAUCCAGAAAAAAAUUUGCUGAUGAUUUCCAAUUUAUUUUACAGAUGUAGUGUCAUUGAUUUUUUAGGAACUAAAGACACUCGGAAACUAUCUAAAAACAGCUUAGAGAAUGGCUUAUCCAGAUCUAGCAUCCAUGGAUGGCCUUUUGACACUUCCCUGUUUGAAAGAUCAAAUGGAUGAGAACAACCAAGUAGAGAUUGACUUUCUGUUUCCGAAUGGGAUCAUUGUUCCCCAAGCUGUGAACUUCUAUUCACCACUAGACCAGAUUAAACAGGUGAAUAAGUACACCUGUAGUGAUUUAUGUAACUAUCUGACUAUUUUUUUUAUUGAUCAAGAUGUUUUAACGGUUUAGCUGAACACCAUAAACAUUAGAAUCUUUACCAACUACAUCAAGUUUUCCCAACCUGCCUGGUCCCACCCUCAUGUGGGGUGCCCUGUGGCAUUUCAGAUGAUGCAAGGUGCAUUUCAGGGGUAGCAAUGAGAGGGGAAUUAGUUUUUAAUUUAUGAUAUAAAUGUUUAUAAAUUUUCUUCAGCAAAAGAUUGUUUUCUAAGUUCAAAAGUUCUCUUUGUAAUUCAAUUUAAAAAAUGUCUUUUUCUUUUAAUUUUUAAGAUGGAAAUUUUUGUUUUUUAAAAGGGGGGGGUGGGGGGGAGAGACUCAAACAAUUUGUAGACAUUACAGAAUACAAUUAUUGAGAAACCCUGAUCUUUAUCCUUCAUCUAUGAACACUCUUUACAGAUUAUAUGGCGAGAAGUACACAAUUAUCCCUUGGCCAACAAUCUGAUGCAAGAAGAUGCUUACAGCUUUUUUUUCAUAAAUAAACUUGGAGAAAAGGUAACGUCAUCAAAAGGUUUUUAUUUAAUGUUCAAUAAUCCUUUUGUAAAAAAAUAUUUUAAAAAAUGAAAAACUUGAUUGAUAUUUCUACAGAAAGAGAAACAUAAGAUGUUUGAAAAAAAAAAUUUAAUGUAAAAAAAAUACAUCCUAAACCAGUUGUCAUUGGUUGAAACAUUAUUAUAUAAGGAUUGUUUCAUUUCAGUUCAUAACAAUACUUUAAUCUUUUUUAUUUAGCAUAAAAUUAUCUAAGCAUAAAAGGAACAUACUUUUCCAUAAACUGCUUGAGAACUAAUUAAAAUUGAUCCUGUCUCAAAUGAUUUUGGGAAAUUAAAAUUGAUUCUUUCCUGCAGGAGGAAGUGUUGGAUGAAAGUCAAAAUUUAGAGCAGCUGCAACCGUUCCUGGCAGUCUUCCAGCUGGUGAAGAAGAAGGGAGACACCAAAUCUAAAACCAUUGACAAAAAGAUUAAUAAUCUUAUUGGCAGAGGUAGUUUUUCAUAUAAUCAAUAUAUAAAUCCAUUACAAUUUCUAACUGUCAAGUUAAUUAAUUAAAAUGGGAUGUUGGUUUUGGUUAAUUAACCAGGCAAAGACAAAAUAUAUGUUUGUCACAAAACACAGAAACUAAUGACAACAUAUCAAUGAUCAACCACACCUUGAAGAGACUGGCUACUUUCAAAGAUCUAGGAGCUAAUAUGUCAAGAGGUGAAAGAAAAGAUAUCAACCGUUCUUAUUUCAGUCUUCAAAAGCUACUAGUUUUGAAAACCUCAAGGAGAAAAAAGAAGACACUAUACACCACUAACACAAGACCUGUAGUAAUUUUCACAAAUGAGACUAGGUCUCUUACCAGAAAAGCAGAGACCCUACUCAACACAGGGGAGAAAAAAAUCCUCAUGAAAAGACAAAGAUGGAUGGAGAAUCCAUACAAACCAAGAGAUGUAUCAACUAUACGGAUACCCACACUUAGUCGCAACAAUUAAAAAGGCAAAAUUAGCUAGACAAGACACUUUGAGAGGAUGCCAGAUUGUAGAGCAGCAAAAGCGAUCUACAGGCACGUGGUUCACCGGUCGACCAAGACCGAGAUGGAUCAAUGUUUAGGUGAUCCACACAUGGAGGCGGAAAGCCAUGGUUCUAUCCAAAUGGAAGGAUGUGUUGGAGCAGACCAGGGCCCUACAUGGGCUGUAGUACCACUGAUGAUGAUAAUGAUGAUUAAUUAAUCAUGUUUGAGUUAUACCAGGAGUAAAUAACUUAAGGCCCCUGCAACCUGUGACAGCAAUUUGUGGGGCCUACACACAAGCAUUGGAAUUUAUUUAUACAAAAUGACCAAUUUAAUACAUAAUUAGGGCAUGCAUAGAACAUGGAAGGAGAUUACCAAGCUUGUUUACAAUGUUAAAUCUGUAAAAGCUUGAGUUUAUGUUUACGACAUGAGUGCACUUUGUAGUUGGUGUAGCUCAAAUGUCCAUGGUGGCCCCCUGUUGAGAAAUGUUUGUAUCCAUCUGAGCUCGUACACUUGUAUAUGAAUGUAGCGCAAAAGAGGACAUAGAUAGCAUGCUGAAGGAAAUGAAUUUAAAUCCUACCGUGUGCUUUUUUAAAAAGUUAACUAAUAUGAGAUUAAUUGUUUAUCAGGGAUACACAAGCAAGAAUCUUUUCAGGCUGCUGAGAUAUUCGAUUUCAAGCAAAAGAUGUCCGACCUUUGCAGAGAAAUUGCAACUCAAAGAAGAGCACAGGUGACGAGUAAAACUUUUUUUGUUUUUUUUAAAAGAAGAAUAAUUGUGCACUGUAACAUUAUCAUAUGAACUCUGAGCUGAAUGCUGAGAAAAGAAUUUUGGCUAUACGGAUAGCUUGACUCAUUGUUUCUUCUUCUAUAUAUUAAGGGCCCACGAUCAAUGUAUUGAUCAUUCUGGCUCCUAUGUAUGUAGAGGGAUUUGCAAUGUUUCCCUGCCUGGUAUUGAAGAGGAUGUCUCACUGGUUGCAAGGUUUAAUAUAGGAUAUCGAAAUUGACACCAAUUCACAUAGGAUGAUGCUUUUAUUGUGUAUUGUUUUGUUAACCCAGGAUAAUACUCUUAUAAAAAGCGUGUGAACUCGAUGUCCAUUUGUAAGCCAAUUUCUUUUCUGAGCCUCGGUAAUAUUCAUUUACAAAUGAGAAAUUAUUUCAAUAAAAAAAUUGUUAAAGGAUUCUAAUUCUGAUCAAUCGCAGACACCAAUGGAGAAGUUUAUGUGGAGGUAUCCGCUGAGGCUGCGCAAUGCCGACACUGUACCAACUGAGCUACAAGCCACCAUAUCCAGGGGUCGGAUUGUUGUGGACAUAGGAUUUGGUGAUAAUGGGGUAAGAAUUUGACAGUAGUUUACAGCAGUAGAUGGUCACUGUAUCUUAGCAGAAGAUGGUCACUGUAUCUUAGCAGAAGAUGGUCACUGUAUCUUAGCAGAAGAUGGUCACUGUAUCGUAGAAGUAGACGGUCACUGUAUUUUAGCAUUAAAUGGUCACUGUAUCUUAGCCGUAGAUGGUCACAGUAUCAUAGUUGGUCACUGUAUCUUAACAGUAUAUGGUAUCAUCUUAGCAAUGUGUAUUUUUAACCCUUUUUUUUUGUCUGUGUGCAUAGAUCUGCUACAAACUCCAGGUGGACCACAUGAAAACACCUGAUGACGCAGUCAAGCAAGCGCUGCUGAAAAGAUGCAAUACCACUGGUGUGCCCUUUGAAAAUUCAGAGCUCUACAUCCUAAAGGUCAUAGGUCAGGAGGAGUAUCUGUAUGGGGAUUAUCCUCUGAUACAAUUCAAGGUUUGUGUUCUUGAUCGUUUCUCAACCUGCACUGCUUCAUGUUGAUGUUUUUCAGUGUCCAUGCACCCAUUAAUAAAUAAAAUUCAAUACCAAGGUAAGGGAGGUAACUCCAUUUCGACCAUAAGUCGAUGACUAUUAAAAUUCAUUAAAAAUCAAUCUUUCAUUCAGCAUAAAAAAAAUUACUGAUAAUUUUAGAGAAAAGGUGGAAUUUUAAUUAUAAUAAGUCAACAUUAGGAAAAGUUAGACUUAUAUUUCGUCAAUGUUAAUUGAGUGCAAUUGGUUAGACCAUUCAGACAUAUCAACUUUAAUGACUUUAUCUUCUGACCCUUCUGGGACAUCAUGAUUUUGAACUAUUCAAUAUCAUCACUUUUAUUUCCAUUAUCUACUUCAGCAACCAUUUCUGGAUAAAAUGUAUUGCUAUCGACAAUAAAAGCCAACUUACUUGCAGUUUGAGGGCAGACGCAUAAAUCUACUGUCAACAGAAUUUUUUUUUUUUUUAAAUCUAUUGAAGCCUAAAAUCAGGUGCACAACAAGACACCAAAAAAACAAGAGCUUUGUACUUUCUGUUUAUAAAUAGGAUCCUUGUGACUACUUAAUAAGAAGAAUUGCCAAUCAGGAAAACCAAAAUGUACCUGAAAGGGUCAACAAUGAGACUAUGAGAUUAGUCUGUUUUUAUGUAUGCAUAAACAGCUUAUAUAUUAUUUCUCCCCCACUGACUGAUAUGUUUUUGUCUGACAUCAACAGUAUGUGUAUCAGUGCCUGGUCAAAAAGACAGCGCCCCAGUUUUGGAUGAUACUAAAGUCUACAUUACCAGGUACACUUUAAAUUUUUUUCCCAUAAUGCUUGUGAGUACAUUUAGUUCUCGCGAAUUUCAUGACCGCCUUCAUCAACUUCUUGGACGCAUGCCAGAUGUGGCCCGCAGAGCAUUUUCAAUGGCACUCUGAACACCAAAAACAUUAAUAAUGCAUCUUAAAAGGCAGACUGAUUAGGUUGCUGGCACGCGAUAUCGAAGUAGAGAUCUUAAUUAGGCACAAUAUCACCAUAAUUUUUCCCAACCCUUGAAUUAGUUUAUAAUGCCCAGGAAAAUUUAAUGCAAUUUCUCUCUGCAGAGUCAACCCCUCCUGUGCCACGGAGACCCACUCUGGCUCAGAUCAACUCGCCGCUUAAAGAAGAUUCUGUUUUUCGCUGUGAGAACAAUGUCUCUGUGUGGACAAUCAAGUCAAACUAUAGAAUACAAAUAAAAGGCAUAUCAAAAGUUCAACUUACUGAUGGCUCAAAGGUGAGAUAGUGUUCUAUAUAGCCUCUUACUUAUUGAUGGCUCAAAGGUUAAAUACUGUUCUAUAUAGCCUAUUACUGAUGGCUCAAAGGUCAGGUAGUUGUAUAGGUAGCCACUUACUUACUGAUGGCUCAAAGGUCAUAUACUGUUCUAAAUAGCCUCUUACUUACUGAUGGCUCAAUGGUCAGAAAGUGUUUUAUCUACCCUCUAACUUACUGUUGGCUCAAAGGUGAGACAAGGCAGACCUGCACAUUUUUCAUCAUGGCCUUGGCCCAGAUGGCAUAUGCCCAAUCGGGUAUUGGAUAAGACACCCAACUUUAGGCUGUUGAUCACCCUUCUCUGGAUCCUCCCAAUUUUUUUUCUUCAUAAUUUGAUUCUGUAUAAAAUUAUACUGUAUGAUAUCAAUGUAUUUUUUUCAACCACAGAUCAAACUGUACGUGGGACUCUAUCACGGGGGAGAAUCGCUAUGCAAGGAGAAAGAGACUGAUGAGAUCAUCGUGACAGAAGGGAUGUGCAGUGUCAAGAUUGACAUUGUCUUUGAUAUCAAUGUUGAGGAUCUCCCGCACUGUGCCCGGCUGUGCUUUGCCCUGUAUACCUUGGGGAGCAGCAAUUCAAAGAGAAAGGUAACUUGCCUAACUGGAUUUUCUCAACACUGGCUGUUUAUUUGAAUAUUCUGAACCCAAAACAUUAACUCCAUUUGGUGCCAUUGAAUAGUCCUACUGUCACUGACGGUCUGGUGCCGUUGAAUAGCCUUACUGUCGCCAACAGAAAAAUAGUACUUUUAAAAAAAAAAAAAGAACAAUGAAAGUUAAAUCAUUUCCUAACUUCUAUGUCACAUCUUUAGGAUUUGGCGUCCUGGGUCAACAUUCCAAUCUACGACUUCAAGCAACGUUUACAAAGAGGUGACAGGGAGCUGCCAAUGUGGCCCCAGGACUUGUUACAACAACCGGAAGAACAUUGCUAUCCUCUAGGUAAGGGAAAUCCCUUAUUAAAAAAAAAAAAGGAAGUAUCCUAUAAGCGGUUGAUGAGCAAAUGCCAUUCAGCCUUAGGAUCUCAAAAAUUUAAACUCCAGCUGGUAAUUAUUUUAUCUGUCAUUAAAUAUUUUUAACACUUUUAAUGUAUCUAUAGAUUCCAAUAGAAACAUGGUCCCACAUUGGGCGUCAUGAGAUUUUUGUGAGAUUUAUUUCUUAAGGAAAGCUUGUUAUUUUUGUGAAAUAAGAUUAGUUUCGUGGGGCAUUCAAUGGCCUAUGAAACACCUGGAACUCAAGUGAAAUACUGACCAAAAAAAAGUUAAAAAUAUUCAACUCAAAUGUCAAGGCACUUCUUCUGUGUGGCUGUGAGACUUGGAGAGCAACAAAAACAAACCUUAAAAAACUACAGGCUUUUAUAAACAGAUGCUUGCGAAGGAUCCUCAAAAUAGGAUGGUUUGACAUUUGUAAAACUGUCCUUUGGGAGAGAACAUAAGUGUUCCCGUGGAAACAGAGAUAAAAAGGAGAAAAUGGAAAUGGAUAGGGCACACAUGAAGGAAACAAAACACUAACAUCACAAGACAGGCCCUGAGCUGGAAUUCUCAAGGUACCAAGAAAAGAGGAAGACCAAGAGCCACAUGGAAGAGGGGAGUAGAGACUGAGAUGAAGAGUAUGAAGAAAAGCUGGGCUAAGAUAGCCCAGGACAGGGAUAGAUGGAAAAUUAUUGUGGAUGGCCAAUGCUCCAUUGGGAGUGAGAACGGCUAAGAAGAUUAGUUUAAAAAUAUGUUAAAAAAAAUUGCAACCUCAUUAAAUUCUUAAGUCUCAUAAAGGUUUUGGUUUUGGCUCAAAACAGAAAAAUCACGUUCUAGUUCUGACAUUUGAAGAUCAUUCUAAUACUAUAUUUUUUUAAAAGCUAAUAAAAACAUACUUCAACCAUUGAAGGAUUUCUUCAAAAAUAGUUGGACUGAUCAUUUCGUUUAUGGAAAAGACGUCGACCACCAGAAAUUCAAUUGAAUAUGAGAAAUCCAUUUGGCGGUACUAUUGAAGGACUUCAGAAAACAGAAAAUUACAUAGAGGGAUGGCACAAACAAUUUUAACCAUCUCACAACAUUUAAUGAAUUGGCCAUCACUCAACUUAUUGAUGGGCGACAAGUAUUUAUUUGAUGAAUGAAAUAUGGCAACUCAACUGAUGGAAGAUUUAAAUUUUCAGAAGAUAUCUGGUUGAAAUUACCUUGAUUUGUAUUUUUUGUUGUUUGGCCCAUCAUUUCGAUGUAAUUGCAUUGAUCAUAAUUUUAAUAAAUGGUAUUGUUAUUGUUUGAAGAUUUCAAAGAUUUCAAAAUGAAUCUGCUCGGUUAUACAAAUAAGUGCUUAAUUUUGUUUAUUGUGACUAUGUUGAUAUUUUGCCUGUCAAUGAAGUGUUUUGUGGGCGGAGUGGCAUGUCGAAGAGUAUGUCGAUGACAUGGCUGUCGAUGAAUUGACCUGUUACCAUCUUUAAAAAUUCAAAAAUUCUGUGGAUGGGAUGGAGAAUAUAGCGGGCAUUAUGUUAAACGUCAUAGAACAGAUACAUUUCUUUACUUAUUUAAGGCAUUGAUAAAACCAAUUUUACAAAGCACUUUGAUGUUUUAAAAUGUAAAUUGAUGUCGUUGCUCUGCCAGGUGGUGUUGCUCUCAACUCCAUGUGCAUGGAUGCCACCUUCUUAAAGAUCCACUUCCCAGAUGUCGAGAACAUUGGUGGAGCUUAUCUCGUUUAUCCUCCUUAUGACAAGGUAUAUGUUUUAUUAUCACCAGUUUGUGUGUGUGGGGUGUGUAUGUGUGUAUUUGAUGUGUGGAUUGUGUGUGGUGUGGGGGUGAGGGGAUUUUAAAAAAAUAAUAAAAUGUUUCAUCUGAUGUUAAGUAUGGUUAAUUUUGCCUCACAAUUUCUAUACAUUAUGUUGUCAUUGCUGUUUCAUUUUUUUAUUGUUGUAAACAAAAAUAUUUCUCUUUAAAAUGAAAUAUUGUAUCAUUAUACUUAGGGGUGUGCCGGAGUCCGGAAUCCGGUUCCGUCGGAUUUACAUGUAUCCGGAACAACCGGAUUCCGGAAUAUACCGGAUUUCGGAAUUUGCCAGAUUUUGUGACUCACCGGAUCAUAAUCUGAAAUAAAAGUAAUUCUCUUUCCCGAAUUCCACACGAUCACGAUACAUUAAUCGAUUGUUUCGAGCGUUGAGCUUGUUUAAUGUUUAAUAUUCCGUACAUACCAGAGGCUAGAGUCAGCACCGCUAAUAGUGGCCAAUAGUGUAGGGACUUUGAUAAGAAAAUUUAAACUUUUUGUAAAAAUAAACCAAUGGCAUAGUUGAAAAGAUGUAAUUUUUUAAAGAAUUAUAACACCAAAAUCAUAUUUUUAGCUGUUGUAGUUUUAAAGUUAUGAAUUUUUAAAGUACGACUUGGUUUGUCAUUUUUUAACAUGGACUGCAUCUCCACAUUCUGUGAUCUCAUUCCACCAAUCCCGUCAUGCGCAAUGACUAUAUAGUUUAUAUAAGGCAACGCAUUCCCUGCCUUAUCACUAAAAUACUGUUUAGACUUAGUUUAAACUUUCAACUUUGGCACAUGAAUAAUUAAUUAAAGCUUUCCCUGACCAAUGGUUUAAUAGUUUUUGCACACGGCAAACUCUUAUGAAUGAAACUCUGAGGUAGUACUACGAUACAGUUAUGCAAGUGGCUGUGAAUGGUUGCCAAUGACAACGUGUUGCACACGGUAAAUUCUGAUCAUUUAUAAUAUGGAUUCUACCGGGUUGUUAAAGCUCAAAUUAAAACAUUCCAGUUUAAAUGUUUUAAAAUGCAUUCUGAAACACAAGUUAUCAAUUAUUUUGAUGUAAAUAGUGAUAAUAAAUUAAUAUUUCCUAAGUAUCGUCAACUUCCGCCAUUAAAAAGGGGGGCGUGGCCAACCCCAUGGCGAAAUUAGGUUGAGCGAGCUGCAUAACCUGCUGCGAACGCGUAGAAACAUGGCGUCUCUCGUAAGACACUUAUCCAAAUGGAACGGAACUCAAAUAUAUAUCGAAAGUACUAAUUUAAUAAUAAAUAGACACACACAUCGGAAAAUUAAAAACUCGGAUUUUUUGGCGCCGAUUGCGAAUUCCCAUACACAAAAAGUAGUAGUCCACCUUGACUUACCGAAGUAUCUACCAAUAGUACCAAAAUCCGGAAUCCGGGAGAAACCGGAAUCCGGAUUAUUCCGGAAUCCGGAUCCGGCGGAUUUCGCAUAAGAAAAUCCGGAUCCGGUUGGAAAAAACGGAUCCGGCACACCCCUAAUUAUACUACUGUAAAUAUUUUUUUUUUAUGUUUAGGUGUUGGAAUGUGCAUCAAAAAAUAUGGAACAGUACAGUGCACCUGGGUCUCCAGUAAGUCUUGUGCACUUGUUUGAUUGUACUAUUAAGUCUUAUCAUGGGCUAUUAUGUUUUUCUUACAUUCAAUCCUUAACCUUUUUUUUUUUUUACUUCAUAACAUACAUAUUCUGGUUGGGGCUUGAGCUUACGCGCUUAAAGUACAGUGGCAACCUGCCCCAUCAUUUUUCAAUUAAUAGUGUGGCCAGCAAUAACUUACCACUAUCUUAUAUUAAAUUUUAACAUUGGCCCUAAGCUUGAAUGUUUCUGCAAUCUUCAAGUUGGUUAUUAGCUCAUUCAUUCACCUCAAAAAAUAUACUCUUCAAAACAAUUUUUUUAAAGUCACAUCAUUGUUAGCCUAUGAUUUUUAAUUACUCUUUUACAAUCACCCCACAGGCUGGUCUGUACAAUGUUAUGGCUAACUUCUCAUAAACAUUUCUGCUGAUCUGUACAGUGUUGAGGCUAAUCGCCCGUUAAUGUUUCAGAGCAUGAAGGUGAGCAAGUCUCAUGUGGAGCAGCUGACCCAGGCGCUGUUCCAGUCCGACCCACUGUUUGAACAAGACAAAGAUCUCAUCUGGAUGUUACGCUACGAAGUAGAGGCCAGGUUCCCGAAUUGCCUGGCUAAGGUGCUGCAGUCUGUCAAAUGGAAUAAUCACAUUGAUGUUGCCAAGGUGGGCUUGUUUUUUUUCUCUUCCAUUUCAAAAUAUAAUGUUCCUCAUUUAAGAGUACAGCACCCUGCCUUUCCCCCAUCCAUGCAGAGCCUUGUAAAAACAGGUACAAUGGGAGUCAGAUUAAAAUUACUCUAGAUAAAUCUAACUUUAAAAUUCACUGGCCGCAAUCAAAAGGUUUUCACUUGUGUCAGUGCUGUGUGUAAAACAUCUUUCCCUAACUGUUUUAAAAAUACAUUUAUUGUAGAAUAUGCUUUACAUGUAAGCAAUGAUGCAUAAAAGCAUUCAUUUUUUUUAAAUCUUGAUGUCACACUUUCAACAUAUCCUUGCAACCACUGAAAGUCUAACCUUUUAACCUUUUUUUGUAUACCAACAAAUUAUUUCCUAUGAUGAUAUUAAGAACUUAGUGUACAAGAAACACAAUUCAACAGCAAACACUUCAUAGAAAUAAAAAUUCAAUCCUACAACAAAGGGGAUUUAUAAAGAAUUUAACAUUUCUUAUAAUUUUAAAAACAACUGUUUUAAUGUCCAGUAAGUCAUAUCCAUAUGGGAUAACAAAUCCACAUGUGACCCACAUGACUUUCUGAUAGCAUUGUGUGAAUGGCGACUUUUUGAGUUAACGCAGGUUUAAUAGGCUUAUUUUUCAGUAAUAGCUCUGCAAUAUAUGAUAACAUUUGGGGCCAGAAUGAAGUGAUUCGUCAUUUAACUCAUCUCUGGUUUAACAAAGACACAGCAGAAUUUUUACAGCAGAUAAGGCAGCCUUUUUUUAAAAAAAGAAUGUGUACAUCAAUCACUGAUGAUAUUUCCGUAUCAUGUAUUACUUGUCACUUUAUUAUAUUACAGUGUUUGCCACUAUUAAUCUUUUAGGAAAAGAGAAUAUUAAAAAAAAUGUAUGGUCUCUUUUAAAAACAUGUAUCAUCAUAUUGGAGGGGGUGUUAAGAGGUGGUAGGGGCUAUGAUCAUUUAUACUUAAAGUAUUGAUACUUAUAAACUGUGAAAUUCGAUGACCUGUCUGAAUUGUAGGUAUAAAAGCUUUACGACGUGGCUACACUGUUUUAUAAACAGAGAGAGGUGGUUAAGACCACAUAAAAAUGACUUCCAUUCUGCGUAGCCUGAUAAACCUUUUUGUCUUGGUUCCAAGAUGACAGCAUUGCUCCAAACAUGGCCGCACCUCACCGUGGACUAUGCCCUGGAGAUAUUAGACUUUGAGUACCCAGACCACAAUGUCAGAGAGUUUGCCGUCAGGUGUUUGGACAAUGACCUGGGGUAAGUUGGAUGGAUGUCAAUGAGCUUUUUGUGUUUGGCUAUAUCUUCUACAUUUACCCGACCCCCCGGCAUUACCAUCAAUUUCUGUUUACUAAUUCUGAAAGAGUUCAAGCAAGGGGAGGUCAAGGUUAAAGUCCCUGAUAUUAUAACCAUUGGAUUAGAGGCUCAUUGAAUCUUUGUUUAAUUUUAUUAUUUCAGAGAUGAUGAUGUGUCCCAAUACAUGCUUCAGCUGGUCCAAGCCCUCAAGUUUGAGACUCACUUGGUUUGUCCACUGGCUGAGUUUUUGUUAAGCAGAGCACUUAAGAACCAGCACCUGGGACACAAGCUCUUCUGGUUACUGAGGUAGGAUAGAUAGCCUGUUAGUGGAUCUUGUGUUGGGGGAAAUGGCAUUGAAUAGGGGGACAUUUUUUUUAUUCAGUGGCGUGUCACACCGAGUCCCAAGCCCAGUAAUUUCAUUGUCCCCUGUGUUCCUUCCUAGAUCUGAGAACCACAACCCAUCUGUCACAACACAGUACAGCUUGAUCUUACAGAUCUACCUGAAACACAACACGGAUCACUUGUUUGUCUUGAUGAAACAGCAGGAUGCACUCAAGAAGCUGUUUGCCCUCAACUCUCUCAUCAAAGAGGGAAAAUUUGGAGAUGAGGUAAGAGUGACUUCAUUAUCUGGUCAUUAGCCAAUUUGAUUAGUGUCAUCAUUGCCGAGGGCCACAUCCCGCAUUUUUUAGAGGCACAGCACAUCUGGAUAUCACCAGGUUUCUUAAAUCCGUCCGUCCCUAUUGACAGUUCUUGCAGAAUGUUUUUGAUGACUUUUGAUUUGACAUUAGUUUACCUCUGUCAAGUAAAAUAUUACCAAAUGAUUGGUUUUGUUCUAGUCGAUGUAGUUCUCCCUGUUACUGAGGUUUUCUUUAUCAAAUGUUGUUUGUCCUUCUCAUGCAAAGAUGUCCAAGUCAAUUUUUGACUUGAAUAGGAGCCUUUUGUUUAAAGUGAGGGAGGGCUGCUCAAUUUGUCAGCCUCACUCUCUCGUCCUUGCGUUUUCUAUCCUAUUGCAAGAUUGGUCAAGACGGCUGGGAAUAGACCAGGGUGCAGUAGAUAACCAGCAGUGGGUGUCUCACUGCUCUUUAUUCAUUCCACAUCCCAGGGGUUGUCGGAAUUUUCAUCAUGUCAAUGUCAUGCCACCUACAGGACUCCAACUUCUGGCUUGAUCUCAGAGUUUGCCUCUUCUCAUCUAGAUGAGUUGCCAUCCAGGGUUAAUGAAUCCCAUCACCUAGAGUGCAGGGGAUGUUUUUGCUUGUCUAGUGUUUGCCGGGGAUUGAACUCCAGUACGCUAGCUUGGAAUUGACUCAGUUUAGACCACUAUGUCACCCAGCACCCUCUUGAUCAACACCUUCCUCAUUUCAAGCUAUUUUCAUCCAAUUUCUGGAAAUCUCUACAUACCCUAAAGAAAUCUCUACAUACCUUAAAGAAAUCUCUAUAUACCCUAAAACAAUUUUCCUUUGACUUAUGAGUUUACUUUCGCAAUUUCCACAAACGUCAUCAAAAAAAAUAAUUGGAGAUCUGAAGAUUUCAGGAUUUUUGCCAGGAUUUUAGAACGUUUUCAGUAUUUCAGAAUGUAGCCAUUGCCUAAUUCAAAAUAAUACCAAAACCAAUUAUAUUAAAAAAAGAAUUUAAAAAAAUAGAAUAUGAUUUAAAAUUUUAAAAUAUUUGGUUCUCAGGUAAAUUGCAAAAUUUAUCUGCUAUUAAAUUCGGAGGGUAAAAUUGAAAUGAUUUUUAAUCUAUGGCUUACUCCAUGUGCCAAAGUAAUGAGAAAAUUCUAAUUGUUUAAUUUUUUUAUUAUGUAUAUUAAUGGGGCAGUUUAAUAUUCUUAUCCAUUUCCCUUAGGCUAAGUCUCUCAUGCAAGAUGUUCUCAAACAACAAGCCUACAAGAAAUUUUUGACUGACCUCUUUAGCCCUUUGUCACCUCUCUACAAAAUGCAGGACCUCAAGUAAGCACAAAGGAAAAUUUAAAAAUACAAGCCAAUCUUUGACACAGAAAUGUCUCGUUCAAUUUAGUGAUUCUCUACAGCUUUUCAAAAGUUGUUAAAAUCUUUAAAUUUUGACAAUGAAAUCAAAUUCUUUUUAAAAUUAUUAUUUGUAGCUUUAUUUUUAAACUUGAAAGAGAAAUGUUUUAAUUCCUGUUAGAAAUUACAAAUAUACAAAUGGAAGAAAACCUCUCUGGCAUGUCUGUGACUGCAUUUAUAACUGUUUGCACUCAGAGCUAAUGAAGUUAACUUUUUUUUUUUUUUUAAAUAAAUUUAUUUUGCAGGGUUGAGAAAUGCAAGUUUAUGAAUUCCAAAAAACGCCCCCUUUGGCUAGUUUGGUCCAACGCUGAUCACAUGGGACCCGACAUACAGAUUAUCUACAAAAAUGGAGAUGGUACUACUCAUUGUACACUUGAUUACUCUAGUGGUCCUUCCCUAGGAAAUGACCAUUUAAUAACAAAUAGGUGUUCUUCCCUUGGAUACUCAUUUCUCCAGGGUCCAUCCCUUGAAAACUAAUUAGUCCAGGGGUCUUUCCCUUGAAAACUAAUUACUCCACGGGUCCUUUUCUAAGAAUAUUGAAAUUGACUAUUUAAUAACAAAUGAACAUUAUAUUUAGAAAUUAAUUCUUUAUUUCUUCAAAGGAAUUUAAAAUUAAACUAAAAUUAGUAGGAUUUUGUUAAAAUUUCCUUCACAAAUACUGUACAGAUAUAACAACAAAAAAUUCCGCCAUAAAUACUAUACAGAAUUUAAUUAUUUUUUUUUUUUUUAAGUACAAUAUUUUUAUGUAUGACUUACUGUACACAAGGUUUAAAAUUUAAUUUUUUUUUGGUUGGUAGAUUUGCGUCAGGAUAUGCUGACAUUACAGAUUCUACAAGUCAUGGACAACAUUUGGCAAGCAGAAGGAUUGGACUUCAGGUAAAUCCGGGAGAUGUUUUUCUCCACUAUUAUUAUUUUUCUAAGUACCCGGUAUCUAUAAAAAUAAAAAAAUUUAUUAUUGCAAUUAUCUUUUAGUUUCAUUGUGAUAAAAUUAAACAAAACUUGAACUUAUUAGAGUUUUAAAUUCGUUUUUAAAGGAAUUAGUUUUCCCCCCUUUCACUCGCAAGGAUUGAAACAGACAUGCAAAUAAGAAUAUCAUUGUUGUUGGUCAUGCUUACCUUGCUGUGUCCCCAUUUGUUCACAGAAUGAACCCUUACAUGUGCAUGGCCACUGACCUUGAACAAGGCAUGAUAGAGGUGGUCACUCCAGCUGAGACCAUGGCCAACAUACAGAAGUGGUACAAGAAGACGGCGUUUGAUAAGAGGGCGUUGUUUGAGUGGCUCAAAGCCAAGCACCCUAAAGAGGAUAGGUUUGUAUUGUCAUUUGCUUUCGAAAUAAAACGCUCAACUGGUUAACUACCAUUAGCCCCUGGGAGCGGUCGGCUCUGUGUUUCUUUCGUUAUGGCCACGAGCCGCUGGUAUCGCCAAUGUUAGUAUCGUAAUAAAUCGAGUCAAAUAUUUAUAUCACUCCGUUCGAGAUUUUAAUUUACCGACCGGGUGUUUAUAUUUGAAACGCAUGCUUUUAGCAGAAUGUCUUAAAAGUUAAUUAGUUUUGAUUUAAUUUCCUAGCUAGUUACAAAAUUGUACAUAUUUACUGCGGCAACAAGUGACAGGGUUACUAAAGGCAUAUUCGUGAUUGGAAGUGUAAAUAUUUUUCAAUUUCUGUGUUCUUUGGUGCAUUUUUCUUAUUAUUGGAUAUACUAUUUAUACUAUUUAUAAACCACCAAAUAAAAGGCUUUAAAUGAUUAUGAAAUUUAAAAUAUAUACACAAGUUGGCACAUCAAUAAAUUUGUUAUAGUUUUUCUAUUGAAAAUACUAAUUUAACAAUUAAUAAUUUCCUAACAAAACUUAACUUUACAAAUGUUUUGAGUUUAUAUUAUAGAUAAUUCAAUCACAAACAAAAUGGUUUAUUAAUUAUCAGAAUAUGUUUAUAAUUAAGAAAACAGCAGCUGCACUUUGUACAUACACUUAAACUUAGAAAAUGUGACCUAGAUUUAAUUCGGCCACAGUGGGUUUUUCAAUCUGGUAGUUAAUCAGUUAAGUAAAAAUAUAGUGAAAAGAAGAUGGAUAACUAUAAAACUUCUGUAAAUCUCUUUUAGGUGUCACUUGUAUUUGUUAGAAGAUAUUGUCAAUAGAAAUCUUCUUAAUUGGCAUAAUCUUUUUAACUUUUGUAAAUUAUUUGAUUGUCAAAAAUAUGUUGAAAAUUUUUUUUUAAAUUUCUGUGAGAACAAGAGUUGAAAACAUCAUUUACCAGUGUGUUUUAACUUAGUCACUUAGUGUUAGUUGGAAAGUGUAAACAUUAUCUUUUAUAAUUUUGAUUCAGAUUUCUUCUUAAUCAGAGGGAGGGUUUAUUGCUAUAUUUGUAGUAAUCAUUAACUUUCCUUGCUUUGUGCUGUGUUAUAAACUAGUACGUAUUUUCCUCAGUCUGAAUGCUGCAGUGGAAGAGUUUCUGCUGUCUUGUGCAGGAUACUGUGUGGCCACGUAUGUCCUGGGGAUAGGUGACAGACACAAUGACAACAUCAUGAUGAAAACUUCAGGACAGGUGAGAGCAUCAGUCACAUGAUUUUUGUUCAUUUCAAAACAGGAAACUAUGUUGCUCUGGACAUAUAUUUUUUUCCCUCCUUCCAUGGGCGGGUUGGUUCUGUUGUUUGAAUCAUCAGAGAACAAUCUUUGAUCAAAUAUUUAUCAAUAAUGGGGCAAAAAAAAAAAUUAACUUUGUUACAAGAUAGUAGAUAGGUUCUUAAGAGGAGGAAAGAUCAUCUCUUAGCGUAUUUUUUUUGUUCCAGAUGUUCCAUAUUGACUUUGGACAUUUCUUGGGAAAUUUCAAAACAAAAUUCCAUGUGAAACGUGAAAGAGUUCCAUUUGUGCUGACCAGCCAUUUUGUAUACGUUAUAACCAAAGGCAACACAAACGCAGGAAACUUUCAAAGGUAAACACUUAUUAAAAAAUAAUUAAGGUUUUUUUUUGGUUUGUAAUUUUUAUAAUGCAUCGAAAAUUCAGUGGCUUUCAAACUCUCCCUUCUCUCACAUCCCAAAAAAAUGAUCAACACAAGGACAUUGUUUUCAAAGAUCAAUAUUAUAAGUUAGUAUAAUACACCACCCAUUAAAUAGCAGUGCACCUCAAAGCUUAAAUGUGGUAGCAACUCUGCCACCAUCCAUUUUGUAUGUGUAUAUGUUACUUUUUAAAAAAAAUGCAGUCCCAAUUAAAAAAAUCUAUAUCUUGGUAGAUUAAAUAAAUAACAUACUUUUCAAAUAACAAAAUUACACAUAAAACACAAAUUUCAGAUUCCAGACCAUGUGUGAGAAGGCCUUCCUGAUUCUCCGCCAGAAAUUCUCCCUGUUGAUGUCUCUAUUCAUGAUGAUGCUGUCCGGAGGAAUACCACAGCUCAACAGCCCCAAAGAUGUCAACUACCUCCGGGAAACCUUGGUCCCACAUAUGUCCGAAGCUGAUGCCCGAGCCCAUUUCCGGGGAAAAUUCACUGAAGCCUUGCUCGGAUCCUGGAAAACCAGCAUUAAUUUCUGGUUCCACAUGAAAGCCAAGUAGUGUAACCUCAGUAUAAUUCUUUAUGCAUGCACGGUUUGGGGAAGUAAUUACACUUUAUGCACAAAUGAAUUCUAAGCUGGUCUGGCUUAAGCAAUGUUGAUAGGAUAUUUUUGACUUGUAUCUUUUAUUCUAAAGUGCCUUGAAAGCCCCUUGUGUAAUUGUCGACACCACUGUAAAUAGUUAAAGAAAUAAUUUAAAAGAGUUCAAAUGUAUAUUUAUAUUAAAAAGAUACUUCUCGUAUAUAUAUAUAUAUAUAUUUAUUAGGGCAAAGUUCAUAUUAAACCUAACCAUGCUUAUUUUUGUUGAUGAAUUAGCCUUAUAACCCUUUUUGAUGUAAUGCCUUAUAAUUGCGUGUUGACAAGUUACAACUUUAAGCUGUAUCUUUGGUGAGCCUAUGUUUAAGAGGGACCACAAAAAUUAUAUUUUUUUAAUUCAUAUUAGUAUUUAAUCACAAACAAUAUUUAUCUAGGUAUGCAUGCCAUUAAUGCAAUGGCUGCAACGCUGUGUUCAAUAGUUGCGCAAAUAACAUUCCCAGAAUUUAGCACAAAUGGUAUUCUUGUAAAGUGUGUCACUUGAACUCAGGUUUUGUAAAGUAACUUUAGUAAGUGGGAAGUUCGCAAUGCCUGCCAUUGUUCAGCAGGUUAUUUCUAGUGUCUACAAAAUUUGUUAUAAAAAUAAAUUUAAAAAAAAAAAUGUAAUUCAAAUCCUUACAAUCACUUGUUGCAUUUAGUAAUGGUCUAACACUGGUCAUUUCUUUUUGUGCAUAAAUGUACCUUCGGGUGUAAGUAAUGAUUAAGGAAUGAAGAAGUCUUGUUCAGCAUCCCUAUUUAAAGUCUCAUUUUGUUCAAAUGUCAAGUGUUGUCUCUUCCAAAUUUAUACACUACUACUGCAUUAUACAAUACAAACUCUCCAUCGACCAGCAUUGGGUCUUUUUUUCCACAAAUAUUGAAACUCCAAUUCACGACUCUCUUUAUCAGAACAAAUAAUCUGCAAGGACAAAGUUCUAUUUGUUUUGUAAAAAGCCUUUUACUAUUAUUAUUAUUAACACACUUUGUAACAUUUUAUGAAUUUCAUUGUUAAAAAUUGGUCACAUUUAUUUUUGUUGUUAAACAAAUGUUCUUUGGAUAUGUAACUUGAUCAUUAUAUUUUUAUUUAAACAACUUUUCUGUGC